AUGGAAGAUCUUUGUUUGGGUUUUGACUGUGUAUUUCUUUUUGGUUUGCUAUCAAGUUAUCGCAGACUAGCUCUUCGCUUUCAUCCAUGUCGCGCCAAAGCAGGAGAAGAGUUCAAGGAAAAAUUUGAGGCCAUUUCUGAAGCAUAUGAUGUUUUAUCAGACCCCGAGAAACGAGCCAUUUUUGAUCAGUUCGGUGAAGAAGGCCUUAAAACGCGAGCACCAUUGCCGGAUGAAUGGAGUCAUCCUUACGUAUAUCACGGGGACCCACACAGGACAUUUAUGAACUUCUUCGGAACGGAUAAUCCUUUCAACCAGUUUCAAGAAGAGAUCGAUUAUCAAGUUCGUAGUAAUUUCGGUGGCCCUGGUGGUCGCGGUCAGCCGAAGCAAGAUCCACCAAUUGAACGGGAGAUGUUUCUAAACUUAGAAGAAGUCUAUAAUGGCUGUAUCAAAAAGAUGAAAGUAUCAAGAAGGAUUAUGAACGAAGAUGGCCACACCAGCAGCAUUCGUGAUAAGGUACUCACUUUGACUGUUCGGCCGGGAUGGCGAGAAGGCACUCGAAUUACAUUCGCAAAGGAAGGUGAUCAAGGUCCCAACACCAUCCCUGCCGAUAUUGUCUUCAUUCUACGAGAUCGUCCGCAUCCGCAUUUCAGACGUGAAGGAGUGGACUUGAUUUUUACUUCUGCUGUUCCAUUAGCGCAAGCCCUACUGGGUUGUAUUGUGGAUGUGCCCACAUUGGAUGGUCGAUUGCUGCACGUUCCUAUUACGGAAAUUAUCCACCCGGGUUAUGAGAAAGUGGUGCCUGGUGAAGGUAUGCCUUUGGCCGAUGAACCAGGCAAAAACGGGGACUUGCGAAUCCAAUUCAACAUUCAAUUUCCCCGGAAACUGAACGCCGACCAGAAACUACUCAUUGAGCAGGCACUGUUCACCUAA